AUGACACUAGGGGCCAUGGUCGCGGAGUGCUUUGUCCGCGCGUGCGGGCUGGCCUUCAUCAACACCGUCUGCAUCGGCGGCACAACCAUCAUCCUCUACGCGCUCGUCGUUGUGUCGCGAAAGCCCCACUACAGCAAGGGCUCCAUCGUCGUGCUCACGCUCUUCCUCCUCGUCUGGGUCUGCGCCGGCGCCACCGUGUACACGUCCUUCUGCGGCGUCUUCUUCCUGUGGACAGUGCUGCGUCGGUGCUUGGCCUCCACCAACCGGGCGCUCCUGCGGCACCUCCGUUCCGCGGGCCAGCUUCUUUGCCCGCCGUGCCGGUGUGCGCGCGCCAGGCUACGGCGCCGAAGCGGUAGCGAUGGCGGCACCAGCGCUCUGCCGCAGUUUCUGGACCAGAUACAGGGCCACAUGCCCGCGCUGGCCAGGGAAGCGCCGGUGCAUGGAGGCGCGCAGGCGGUGACGGCAUAUGACAUCCUGGCGUACGAGCAGCCGGAGUGCAGCGGCGGCACGCCGGAGUGCUCAGUCUGCCUCGAAGAGGUGGAGAAGGGUGACACGGUGAAGCGGCUGCUGGCGUGCCUGCACAUGUUCCACCAGCAGUGCAUCGACCCGUGGCUGCAGGAGCACUCGACGUGCCCGGUCUGCCGGUGCAUCGUCUUCGCGCCGUUGCCAGCCCAAAUGGUAUGA